GCUCGGUCUAUAUUUACUACGUCUAUGUUCGCAACAGUUGCAAUCGAAGCAAGAAAUAGAUUGCAUUAUUCAAUUUAUUUCAAAGUUUUGAAAGUGUAAAGUGAUUAAAGUGACAAGUGAUUUGUUGUGGGAUAGUGACAAUGAGUUAUGUUGAAAAUAUUCGCGUGGUUGAAGAUACGAGAAAUCAGUGCAAAGAUCAGUGUAUGAUGAGAAAUAGAAAUCGUCGGCCAAAAUUAACAAUUAGUAUGAGACGAUACUCGAAAAAAAAAGCAUGCCGCGAAAGAAGACGGCGCUUAGCCCUUCAGAAUACUUCCGUACCGUCAACAUCCGAUGGACAAAGAUACACUCCCGAGAAAAUUUACUUGCCAUUGGAUGAAGAAAUAGAAACGGCAAAUUCGAAAGAAAUGUUUGAAGAGACGACGGAAGAAUUGUUUGAAAUUGAAGAUACAAACAAUACAGAAGACGGGUCAAAUAUAGAAAUUAUAACUUCCCAAAAUGAAGAAUUGGUCAUACAGAAAACUGUAAUGAACGAGCCUGAAACACAAUCCGGUGUACCAAGUGGCUUAAGUAUCGUGGACAUGCAGCACAUCUUUGUCGAAUUUCAAAAAAUAGGUGACCAUGCUAAAAACAGGGAAGACUGUGGGAUUAGACACCUAAAAAUAAUCGGCAUGAAACGGUCGGGCCUGAGGACCACCCUCAGUGUAAUGUGCGAUAUGUGCAAAUAUAAAGGUGAAAUCCACAGUGAACCUGACGAAAGUAAUAAAAUGGAAACCAGCCAGUGUGCCGUUGCUGGGACAAUUGUGAAUGGAGGCAGUUAUGCCCAAAUGGAGGAGUUCCUUGCAGCAAUGAACAUACCCUCCAUGUCGAAGAGGGAAUUCAGAAAGCAUCACGAUAAAAUCGUAGAAGCAUUAAUUGUUGCUGCAGAAGAAGAGAUGGUAGCAGCGGCAGAGGAAGAAAGACACUUGGCCAUUGAAAGAGGCGAUAUUGUUUCCGGAUGUGGAAUCCCUCACAUCCCCGUUGUGGCCGAUGGAAGCUGGAUGAAAAGAUCAUACCGGAGUGGAACGUACGAUUCCGCGUCUGGAGUCGGCGUUAUAAUUGGAUAUCACACGAAGAAAGUUUUAUUUAUCGGCGUUAGAAACAAGGUGUGCAAGAUUUGUCGAUAUGCUGCGAAAAAGAAAGAAGAGCCACGAAAGCACACGUGUUUCAAAAAUUGGGGCACAAGUCAAGCUUCAACGGCUAUGGAAAGUGACGCUAUAGUCGAAGGAUUCAACACCAGCGUAGAGAAACGUGGGCUUAUUUAUUCAACGCUGAUUGCUGAUGGGGAUAGCAGCGUUUACAAAAAAAUUAUAGACGCGGAUCCGUAUAAAACGCAGAUUCGUGUAAAAAAAAUUGAAUGCACGAAUCAUUUGUUACGAAACUUUUCUAAAAAAAUGAAAGAAAUUGUAAAGAAGACAAAACCUGGUCUAUUGAGAAAAAUCGUUGCAGGCAGCAUUCGCCGAAUGCGUGCGGACAUAGUAAAAGCCGCAGAGUUCAGAUACAGUCAGCACGUAACAACCGCUGAGAAAAUUAAAAAUUUGUAUGGCGACAUACACAAUAUUCCUAGUCACGCUUUUGGUGAACACGCAGAGUGUUCAAAACUUCAAUACUUUUGCGAUGGAACCAGUAAAAAAGAUGAAAAAAACUUUGUUCCAGAAUUGAUGAAGAUGGGAGUGUAUGAACGCAUUAAAGAAAUACUUCGACCUCUGUUGGCGCAUGUUGAUAGUUUGCUUUAUAACAGCAAUAAUAAUGCUGUCGAAAGUUUUAACGGAAUUAUCGCCAAAUAUACAGGAGGAAAAAGAUUGAAUUUCGGCGAGAGGGGAUCUUACACGGGAAGAUGUGCUGCUGCUGUUGUACAGUAUAACACAAAACAAGUGUUAUCGCGUCUGAAUACAGCGAUGAACAAGAAACCGCCCGUUAUUUUACGCAAAAUGGAAAAUAGAAGGAAGAAAGUACAUGAGAAGUACGCUGUAAAGAUAAAGGGAAAAAAGGUUGCGAAGCACGUCCGGAAACAAUUUCGUUCAGAAAUGGAUCCCAAUUACGGACCGAACGCUCAAAAGCCAGAUAUGGCUAAGAACAUUUAUGAAUUAGAGCAGAAAAUACAUAUGGGAAUGUUGCAGAAUUGGCAAAAUAGAAGUGAUGCCAUUGAGAAAGAAACCAUCGGUUAAGCGAAAAAUCCGAGAUGGUUAAAUUAUAAAUCAAAACUGUUAACGGCCUCGAAUUUUGGACGAAUAUGCCGUUGUCGGAUUGGCAUGUUCUGAAAUAAUUUGUGUAUCCACGACUGAUUAGUGCAUCUGCAGUACAAGAAUGUGAAAAAUUAGCCGUGAAGAACUAAGCACAUACAUUGGUAUUAAAAUUCAAGAAUGUGGCUUCAUUCAUUGAUGCUUCCAUCCCAUUCUUAAGAGCUUGAUCAGAUGGAUUUAUAGACGAAGAGGGCAUUGUGAAAAUCAAAUGUCAAAUUUGCAGAUGCAGAAGGAAACAGAUUAAACAGCAACCAUUAUUAUUACUACCAGGUACAAGGGCAAUUACAUAUCACAGAUUUUAGAAGAAAGGAUUCCUGAGAAGAGGUUUUUAGUGCGUAUCGCCACGUGCUACACUCUAAACAAAAAACGUUAAAAGGAAUUUAUUUAAUCAUCAAUUUCCAUUCAAUUUUCCUUUUUUAAAUUGUAUGAACAUUUUUGUCGUUGAGAAAUUGAAGACAGCAUAUCUGUAAUAAAUGUCACAUUUUUGAAUUGGGGGCUACGUUUGGCGAAUCUCACAUAAUCCAUCGGGUAGCCUCGGUAUAUUCAAGAAAGCGUUACCAGGACAAAUGGAGUACAAAUAUGCUGCCUGAUCACGUAUAAUCGGCAAGUAUAAUCUUACAUCAUUAAUAUUACGUUAUCUAUACAUAAAUUACUUUCUUCACAGAUGGAAACAGCUAAGGAAGAA